ACUCACCCGCCGCGCACGCACAACGAACGGAGUGUGUGGCGAGAGAGAGCGGAAAUAGUGAGAUCCCGUCAACUCCCCGGGGCGCGCUCCAUUUCCGCGAGAGGAGAGUAGCACAUCGCGCGGCGGACGGACGAGAGUGCGCGAGGCCGAAGAGCGGUCACAGGCGUAGCCAGAGAUCGCGCGAUCGCGGUGGAUCGUUGUUCACGCCGGUGGGCGGAAAGAAAGGAGCGAGGGAGAAAAAGAGAGAUAGAGAGAGAGAGAGAGAGAGAGAACGCGCGCGAGAAAGAGUGAGAUCGUAAAAGCGGCCAGCAGCAGCAGCAACAGCAGCCGGGAUCCGCCGACGAGUGGCGCGUCUGUGAGAACGCGCGUUCCCCUCGGCGAGCGUGACGUAAUUGUAUUGAUCCGCGGCGGGAGGAAGGGCCCGAGAGAGUCGCGCAUUCGCCAUCUUGGACGAAUCGGUAGUAGAAAAGAACGUUUCUGCGUCCCCGUAGGCCGCCGACGUGUGCGUGCGUCGCUUCCCCUCCGUGUCGUCGUCGCCGCCGCCGCCGCCGCCGCCGCCGCUGCCGCCGCGAGGUGGUGAUCCGUGGCGAUCCGCGCGUUAAUCUAGUUUCACCGGGAGUUAACCCUGUUGUGAAUUGGCAACCCAUUUGGACGGACCAAGACAAAGGGUUCGUUCUUUGGGUCUGAUUGGUACUAAAUGGUUGUGUGCAGACAGCAUGUCUACUCUGUCAGGGAUUGUGUCGAAGGGGGAGAAAGGAAAAUCCAAGUUCCAAUCAUUAGAUAUCAAUAGCUUGUACCGGGUGAGUAGGGGCGAAUCUUUGGAGCCGCAUCAGCAGAAAAAUACAUUACCGCGCAAACAUGGGAUGCAAAGUCUUGGAAAGGUGCCUUCGGCACGGCGUCCCCCGGCUAAUUUGCCCAGUUUAAAAAGCGAAACCAGCAGCAGUGACCCGGCUGUCAGUCUUGUGCCAAGUGGAGGAAGUGGUUGGGCUACUACUAAGGAUUCAACAUCGUCGACCACUACUACUACCACCACAGUAGCAACUGCAUUAGAUAACACUACUACUGUCUCUUCAACAGCACAAUGCGCAGCAGGGACCACUGUCUCACCAGCCCUACACUCUUUAUUGCCGACGCAACAAAAUGCGUCGCAACCUCCUUUUUUGGAUCAGACAAACAACAAAUCAUCAUGGAGCGCGAUUAUGAGCAGAUCAGGAGACGCAGUGGUUGGUUACGCGGGGCUCGUGGGGGGCGCGAAAGGGGGAAGAGGUGCCCUUGGACUGAGUUUCCUCGCCCACCAGUCCCCGCAGUUCCAACACGAGUUUCCCAGUCUCAGUGGACAGCCGUCCGCCUCCGUCUCCACUCAGAGCCAGACUCAACAGUCCUCAACAACAUCCAAUGCAAUCUCAGUCGCGGUCCAUCACUCGUUACUGCAGCAACAGCCGUAUUCCCACAACCACUCAGGUGGGACGCCGGGAAACCAACAACAGUCGAAUCGAGAGUUAAAUGCGCAAUAUGGUCCAGGUCCGAGCCUACGUCCACAGACCGAAGGAAGCUGGAUUCAAGGCGGAAGUCGUACGGCAGGUGGUCCAGUACCAGUAACAUCAGCUGGUCCCGGAAAUGGGAAUACUCCGGCGGGCCAGGGCCUCCCUUUAAAUAUACCUGUUUCAGGAGGACACACCCAGGAGGGACCCGGUGGAGGGCGGCAGAACUUGGGCCAAUCGCCCAACAUGGGCGCGGGCCCGGGAGGCCAGCAUAAUGCCGUCAACAACCAAGGUUCUGCGCCUUCUUCCGGUUCUCAUCAAAUUGGGCCAAACCUGCAUCAUUACCGGGGACUUAUCCCGCCAUUUAUGUAUAGAUCAAAUUUCCCUGCUGGAUUCUCUGCGCAAUUUUCAUCAAAUUCUGGAUCCAACAGCCCCCGACCUAGAUUUAAUCAUCCCUUGGAUCGAUUUCCGCCUCCUCAACGUGACCGCGUGGCUGAGGAAGAAAUUAUGACUAGACCCAUCAUCAAAGAGGAAGAUCUCACUCGUAUGGAUGAUAUUUCCCGUGACGCAGGAUGGGCUGCGCACGAUGAUAUUGAUUAUAACCAAAAAUUGGCCUUUAGCGACGACGAAGGUGAAACAGAAUCAUCGAAGCAUGACGAGAAAAAAGAUGCCAAGGAGAAAAAGGGCGAUGAUAAUGCCGCGGAGGAGAAGGAGAAGCCUCGAGAUAACCGAGACUCGAAGGAGCUCCGCGAUCCGCCGCAUCGUCCUUGGGCUCAAUCUAUGAAUCGCGAUUAUCGUGGAUCGAACGGCGCAAGUGGUGGCUACGCCGGUCAGUCACAAAUGCACUCUGUACAUUCGUUAAGAGGUGUCGAGGAUGACGAAACGUGGAACGAACGACGUAGAAUCAAGGUUGAAGUUGCAUCCGUUGUCGAGCGUGCGCGAUUACGGAAGGAAGAGGAGGAGAAGCGUUUUCAGGAGUCAACAAAGCAAGCAGCGGCUAAGAAGCUGCAGGACUUGGAGCAAAAGAUGAAGGAGAAGCAGGCGAAGCAUAAAGAUGAUGAACGUGUGCAGUCUGGCGAGUCCAAAAGCUUGAUCAGCAUCCCACCCGUGGCUCUACCUAUACCCGAAUGGGAGAGAGAGAAGGAGAAUAGGGAGCGAGAGAGCAGAGAUCGCGAACGGUCUCGCACUUCGUCCGAGGGGAAAGAUGAGAAGAUCAUCACCUCUGGACGCGAGACUCGCGACAAUCUGAGAGAAGGCAGGGAUCAGGGACUGUCGGACUUUCGCCAGAGCGAUCGGCAGAACUUCCUACGGCAACAGGACACAGUACGUAGCGAGCGCGAGAGAGAACGCGAUCGCGAUCGUGAUCAGAGAGACUCGAGAGAUCGCGAGCAACCGGCGUUCUCCCGACACUUUCAGAAUAACCUACCGCCCAGAUUUCAAAAGCAGCAGGCAGAGCGAAGCGGCGCGAAUUUCAACCGCAUUUCACCAAAUGCGGAAAGACCUGCUUCCCAGUCUGUCCCGUUCUCCCAGCAAUACGAUCCCGGCAGAUGGGUUCACAAUUACAACUCAUUGAUAGACAGUGGUAUGAAGCAACCCAUGCCGUCGCAACGUCGUAAUAGAACCGAUUCGGAUGGACCGGCGCUAUUGGAUGAUGAACGACCUCCGUCUCGAGAUCAUCGUGGCGGUGCACCACCGUCAAGGGAAGAUCGUUAUCGGCAUUCUUCGCAUCGGUCCUACGACAGCCGCAAGCCAGGUGGCUAUUACGACGAGUACAGCCGUAAUUUCAGAGACUAUGAGUACGACGACAGGCAUCCUCGCGAUUCUUGGGAACGCGAGAGACAUUUCGACGAUAAAGAACGAGACCCGAAGGAGAAUCUGGACUCGAGAGAUAACCGGGACAGCCGCGAUUCCCGUGACAAUCGCGACACCCGUGACAGCCGAGACGGUCGCGACGUCAAAGAUUCUCGUCCUACCAGCCGUGAUGCGCGAGACGCUCGAGACGCGCGCGACAAAGACAAGAAGGAUUACGAUAAUUAUUCGAAGGAUUCAUUCGAUGAACGAGAGCGCGAGCAAAGGGAGCGCUCUGAGAACCCGGAGUGGCGUGAGGAACGCAAUGUAGGACCGGACAGGCAACUCGAAAAUCGUCGUGACGCACCGAAAGAGGAGCGCAACGAACGUCCGCAGAGACCGGACUCGCGUGACAGUCGUGCCUCCAGAGAAUCUAAAGCGUCUUUGCGCGACGACGAGCUGCAUAAAUUGCGGGAUUGCAGUUCCUGGGUAAACGAAGUGUCGGAUUACGAGGAGAAGAAACGAGAUUUGUAUCACGAGGAGACUAGGGAGAGGGAGAGGGACAGAAGGCAGCCGCCCGGUCCAGUCACUAAAGAGAAGCUCGAGGCGGACGAACUGAAGAGCGAGAAGCGCAGUCUGACUCAAUUGAAGAGGGGUAGUUCUGAUCUUCAAGAAAAGAAGGAACAGCCGAAGGAGAUUUCCGCCGAGACGAAAAAGGAUACGGACGUGUGGAACAGGAAAACGGAACGUGCCCCGGAAAGCAGGCAAAUUGAGAGAAGUGAUAACUCGCCGAAGGCAUGGGCCGACGCGAUAUCGCCGACUUUCGAGAAGGAAGAGGAGAAGAUAGCGGAAGCUGCUAAAGAUGGCAAGGAGAGCGACGAAAUUAAACAGAGCUCGUUGGACAAGCCCGCUUUGGAAAAGCGGGAUGAGGCCGUUGCCGAAGACGCCAAAGAGCAAGCCAAGGACGAGAAGAGGGAGAAGAGUACGCGCAACAGAACGAGCAGCAGUGGCUCCAGUUCUAGAAUUCGGGACACCCGAGGUGGACGCCAGUGGGGCGGAACCUUCAACGUUUACACUCGCGGCUGGCGUGGCCCGGAAUCCAGAGGACGGAGAGGCGGGCCGCGACCUACCGGCAAAUCCGGGAUGUCUGCCAAGAGCGGUUCGUACGGGCACACCGAUUCCGAGAACAGCGCCGACGAGAUAUCCGGCUCCACCGAGUCCGGAAAGGAGGACAAGCGAUCGGCUCGCUCGCCGAAACCCUCUCAGAAAGUCGAGAAGGAGGAGCGCAAUCGCGAGGUGUCGAGGCGGGACGACAAGCGCGGCACGGAGUAUUCCCAGACGCGCAGCGAGAAGAGAACGUACGACGGGAAGCCCAGCCACGAGGGCUUCGCGCCAUCCGGCGAGCCGUCCCGUCGCGGCAGAGGAGGCGGUUUCCGUAUUCGGAACACGACUACGGGCAGCCGCAUGGAAGGUUACGGACCGCCGUCCAGUAAGAGUCCGUUCUCGUCGGAACGUAACACUGACGAGAAGCAUCAGCAACAAAGUGCCGGACGGCAAAAUCCACCGACCCCGACCUCGGAGAAAGAGGCGGGUCUCUUGCAGUCCGCGUCAGUUGAGUCUACCGACGACAAGAUCAUCGCGAAGCAGCAGGCACUCACAGCGGGUAUCACGGGCAGACGCAAUAAGUCUCCGAGCCAGCAAGCCCAGUCCAGCAAGCAAGAAGCGAAUCAUGCGAAUCAAGUCGCCAACGUCCCGUCCCAAAAAAUGCAACUGCGAAAGGACGAUUCGCGUUCCAAGAGAACUCGUAGCGGAAGUAGAAGAGGAAGGGACAGCCGUGAAGCUCGUUCGCGCGGCAGCAGUGGCAAUGUAUCCAAGCAGCCCCAGUCGGACGUAGGCAACGAGGAUUGGGAAACCACGUCGGAGAACAGCGAGGAGCAUAUAGACGAUCACAAAGAGUCCCGUAACAGCCGCAACAAGCACUUUGGUGGGCGAGCCAUUCAGUCCGCGAACCAAAAUGCCAUCGGCGCGAACGUGCAUUCCCGUAGAGGCGAGCAGCUGGCGAAUACCAGAGAGCAACGUGAGAAAAAUCCCAAGUCUUCCAAUCCGACGUCGCGAGCCCCGGGUGCGGAGAAGCGGAGUCUGCAGAAUGCCGGAUUCAGCGCUCAGAAGAAUCACGCCGACGGUAUACCGCCGCUGAUGCAAAACGCGCAAAUACAGAAUGGAGGAAGGUCCAGGAGUCAGAGUUCGACCAACAGUGGCGCGGUCGCGAACAAGCCGAAUAACAAAGACAGCAUGGUCAAUCGCAUCGACGAGAUCAAGCUGAGCGAUCCGAAUCUGGUGAAUCAAGCGCUGAACGAUCUUAACAAGAAGUCGCAGGCGAAAGAUAAGAAGCUGGUGGAUUCGGAAAUUGAGACGAACAGCUGCACCGAGGAUGCUACGAGUGUCGCGGCGGAGGACAAGGUGGACGCUGAUGGUUUCCAGGAAGUGCGCUCGAAGAAGAACGUGAAGGAGUCCAGGCACAAUCAGAAGGAGGAGGUGAAGCCCGUUAAGAGAGACAAGGAGAAGGAGCGCGAGCGCGAGCGCGACCGUUCGAAAUCGAAGUCGAAUGGAUCGCAGCAGGUUCUGCAGCAGGUGCAGAAUAUACCGCCUCUACUCAGCCAGAAUAUCCCACAACCGGCGAACAUACCGCAGAAGCAGUACGACAGUAGGAACCCUCGUAAUCCGAGACUCGCGCCGCGGUUCCAGCGUCUGGUGAAACAGCAGCAGCAGCAGAUGUGCGUGACCGACGCGGGCGAUAUGAGCAAGCUGAACAGCUCCGGCAACAACUACGCCAAGGAAUCUUCCAACAGUCCCGCUCCUCCGCCAACGGUUAACGCUUGGGACAAACCGUUCACGAGCCAAUUGCGUUCCAAUUCCCCGUCUGCGGUUCCUACGGACAUUCAGCUGAUGUCCGGCUUAACGGCUCAAAAUGACCACAGCCACGAGAGCAACGAAGCCAACUCCGGGCACAGCAGCCAACGAAAUUCGCCGAGUGGCGAGAAGACGGGGAAGAAUCUGAAGGAGACCCUGGCGGAGAAGAACGUGUCCGACGUGUCCUCGCCACCCGUGCAGACUCUAAUCUUCGAGAACACGAAUUACUCCAAGACGACCAAGACGAGUGGGCCGACGGAUCUGGCGGUGAAAUCCAAGUUUUCGAAUCACAUUAAGACGCAGCAGCGGUCCGAGAAACGCACGGAGAUGGAGGAGGAGGGCAACCAGGUCCAGCAGCAUCAGCAGCCGGCGCUCUCCGUCGCAUUUUCCAAUAAACCGAACGACUUGAUCAAAGACAAGAACCAGGAACCCAUCCAAAUGCCUUUGUCGUUCAACAAGAACGAGGAUAACGCCGACAUGAAAUUGGACUUCACCUUCGACUCUGAUCUUUCACAACUGACGGAUGACAAGAGCAAGAGUCUGGGCAUGGCGCGCUCCAUGCACAUGGCCGCUGGCCAGAGCACGAUAUCGCCGUCGACCGCGGAGCUCAACCUUAAGAUCGCGUCCGUGAAGAAGGUCUGGGAGAACGCGCCACCGAUGCCGACCGUGGUCGAGCACGAGGACGGCACCAGCGUGGUCAGUAGCGCGACCAGCUUCCCGCAGGCGUUCGAGAGCGGCGACGUCGACGACAGUUACAGCCCUCACCAGCAGUACAACCAGAGCAAUAUAAAAAGCGAGAUCACAACGUCGACGAAUGUGUGCAAGCUGGUUCCCCCGCAGGUGAAGCCGCAGCAACAGUCCUCGGGGAGCAGCGGUACGCAACCGGGAUCUACCGUGCCUGGGCCUAGUCCCAUCGGAGCUGGUCAGAGCCCCAUCGGUCAUCCUCCCGUCAGUCUCCAAGGUCCCCUAAGUCCACCCCCAUUCAAUUCUACAGGACAGCCAUCGCACAUUAACUAUCAGGAAUUCCCGCAGUAUCCUGGAUCGCAGGCUCAAUACGGCGGCAUGUCGGCCAUACCGUCGCCGCCGGCGGUAUUGUUCAACACAGGCUCGGGACAAUUGCCGGCUCAAGCGGGCGGUUUGUACGGAGCGUUUCAACUGGAUCAGAGCCGGUCGCCGUUCACGCAGUACGCGCCGUACGCUCCGUCCCUCCAGAGCUCAUUCAGCCAACAAAAUGUGUACUUGCAGCAACCGCCGCCGCCGCCACCUCACGCGCCAAAUGCUCCUACACCUGAGAUGUACCAAAACAAUUUGUCCCAAUACCGCAUUACCGCAGCAGCUGCUCCGCCGUUCGGACAGAAUCAGCAGCUCAGUAAUAAUCCCAACACGGUACUAAUCAGUUCAUCGUCAAAUUCUCUGAUGUCAGCGAGCGUGAAACCGUCGUCUCAACCAAUUGGAGCAAUUGGAACUAAAGCUCCGCAUUUCCAGACUCCGUCUGCCCCUCAACCCAAUCAGUUGACUUAUAUACCGUACGAUCCGAAUCAAGUGCUCGGUGUAAGCGGUAGUUACAUGAGCAAUUCGCAGUUGGUACAGAGACCCGGUCCAAACGUGCAAGCAUCCAACAGUUACUACAGCGCUACAUCUGCCGAUGUAUUUCCCGGGUCGCAAACAGGCUUCUACCAAUCCGGCGGUGCUACUCAACAAACUGGGACUCACUAUGGUCUGCAAGGAUUUGGACAGCACAGCCAAAGUCUGGCAACGGGUAGCGCAACCCCAGUCGGUCUACAAAACUAUGGCCCCAGCUUCCUAUCCAGUUCAGGAUUGCAAAUCGCCGCGGCAGCUCAACAAUUUCGCAAUCCCACUGGUGGUUUGCCCGGACCAGGAAAUGCAGCGCCCACGUUUCUUAGUAAGCACCAACCGCAGGAGCAGCCCAGACAGCUAAAGAGCCCAUCGGGAAAUCAACAGGAUGUGCUGGCAUCGGUUUUCAGCUCGACUCCUCAAAUACCGUCGCCUAAAUCAAGAAAUUGCAAACAGCAAUCUUCGUCGCAACAACCACAACCGAGUCCUACGCAACAUCAUAAGUAUCAACAAUAUCAGGGCGCAAUUAAUCAGUCUGCUCUGGUAAGCAGCUACAAUAACUACGUUUUACAACAGAAUGUACGUGGAAUGGGUAUGCCGCCUCGUGCUGGUAUCCAACCGUCGCAACAGCGUUAUCCACCUCCGAUACAGCGACCCGUAGUACCAUUUGCACCAGGUCCAAACCCAAAUAAUCCCACGCAGCAGCAGCCUGCUUGUAUGCCAACACAGCAGCAGCAACAAGCUCAAAUUAAUCGUCACAGACCGAAUUUACAUCAGCAGCAGCAGCAGCAACGUAACAUGAAGAUGCAGCAACAAUAUUACUCACCACAAGGAAACGUUAAAAUGGAUUCCAAUGACAAAUCUGACAACCACAGUGACAAGAUGAAUGAUGGUCCCUCUGGAACACAACCUGGGAGCAACAAGUCCAAUGUAAAUCAACAAGAUAGUGAUAACAAUAAGGAAGAAGUGAAUCAACAAAACGAGUGAACGUGAAUAUUCGUGAGGGUGAACAUACUUGUUCUUCCAUUUUGUGGAAAACAGCUUUCUUUGAUUAAACCUUUGAUAUAAUCUCGUCGAAAAGUAAGGGCAAGGACUAACGUGCUUUUCUGUUUCCCCAAGAAAAGAGCACACCAGUGUCUCAAUGGAAUUCGUUUAUCUACGAAAUCACGUGCUUAUAUAAUCGACUAGCAGUUAAAUAUAUUAAAAAUCUGAGUUUCGUGCUGUAAAGGAAGGAAAGAACUUGUAGAAAGGUAACAUUCAGUACGCACCUUUCCCGUUCUUUAGUUCUAACAGCAUAAACUUACCGUCUUUGUGCAGUCGAAAAGACGUUUAUUAAGCAUUUCCAUUAUUAAGUAAUAUCGAGUAUACAUGAACAUAUUUAAGAAUGGCGACAAGUUAAUCAGCGCUGGUUGAUACCGUUACAAAAAGCUUGAAAAAGUGACACAUUAAAAUUAUCGUGUUUGAAUACUUGACUCAAGAGAAAAAUAUGUGCCGUCAUCGAGUGGGAUGUUGAUUGAUUACAAAUGCGAAUCGCAUGAAAAGAAUGUUCUGUAUCGUUAAGGAGUCACGUUCGUGAGGUUGUAUCUGUGGGAAAGUGAGAGAAAGAAAAUCUACACGGACUCUAUAUAUAUAGAUAUAUAUAUACAAUCAUAUAUAUAUGUAUAUCUCUCUGUACCCAGAUCAGGAGCAGCCUGCGGUAAACGAUACUGUAUGUCCUAGGACGCACGAUGCACGGUUUCUUGAUCACGUCAUAAAGAGAGGGAGAAGAAGAGAGUUUAAGUAACCGAGAGAAGUUACAAUUAUUGCAAUUUUCGUAUGUAGCAUGUUCGAAAGGACUGAAACAAGCGGUGGUAUAAAGUCCUCCGUUUAUCCGAACAAUAAGAAGCGGAUUCUGCCGACCUUACCGAUUAGAAUGAUAUCCACGAGUCUGAUCUAAGCAUGACUGUGUCGCCCGUAUGUAUUGCGACAAGGAGAAGCUCCCAUGUAUAUUGGUCGUUUUGCCGAUGAACGCGAGGUCAUGGUGACGUUUGCGCGACGGAAAUAGGAAACUGUUGUUUAUAGAUAUCGCGCAGACCCAUCGUGACCUGGCUUCAUUCGCGACGAGUUUCAAUCAUUAGGUAUUUAAGGUAUUGCUUGUGAAGCGUGAAAAGCCACAUGAAUUAUAUCGAGCCUUUUCACGUUUAGAAAGAUUAUGUUGGAACAACCGAACCGCAAUCUAAACUACUACUAUCGCAACGUACGAGAAGGAUUGUAUAUUCUCUGCUUUCGUUGCAGUUAAAGCUUUGUUAUAAAGAUAAAGCCCAUGAAAAUAAAUAGUAGUAUUCACAGGAGUCCACCGUUGCCAGAUUUAUUCAGCAAAGAUAAAUGUGGCCAUGCCCAUCACGCCUUGAUCUUACGAGAGAGGUCUAGGCACUGUUGAGAUAAGAUGUUAACUUUCGACAAAAAGAAAACACGAUAUACUGCCAGUCGUACCGACGACCACUGUCUUUGAACUCUGAGAAUUUUUCAUGUCGUAUUCGUGAUGUCUGUGUGAAUAGUGAAGAAACAUGUAUUAGAAGAAGAGACACUCUUAACACGUAGGCUUGUUAAACAAAUUUAACACUUCAAUGAAUUUAGAGAAUAUCGAUUAGAAAGAGGAUAAAGAUUGCGAUCACUCCCUUUCACCCUGGAUAUCUUUUCUCUGAAGCAUUGAGAACUUGAGGAGAGCUAUUGGAGAGAGUAUAAUGUAAAUCGACAUAACGGCGAUGCCACGAAUUGCUUGAAUUAGGCAUGAGGUUACAAUUCCUCUCGUGUUACAAAGAAUUGAAUCCUUGGUCAAGUAGCGCGGGCAAUGUAUACAAUAUUAAAAAGAAAACCGAAAGAAGGAAAAGAUACUGUUGAAGUCUCAAAGAACCUGUAGUAAAAUGCUUCUCUCUUAUGUUAUCGCUUGAUUCUCCAGUAUUCGUGUGGCAUGCUAAUUGCAAUGUAUCGUUGCUUACUGAUUUUGCCAAUGUGGUUGAUGUGUUCUUAUGUAAAUAUAUUGAGAUUUUGCCGGCACAAACUUCUAAUGUAUUUAUAUUCUUAAAAACGCAAAUUAUAUUACCGUUGACGGAGUGUGACUGACCGUCGCACCAUAUGAGUACUGAAGAAUCGAGUUUUAUCGUAAGCAUCAUUACCACGAUGGCUAUUACCACUUCGAUCAUUAGCAUCAUCAGCAGCAGGAUCAUUAUUGUCAGCAGCAUUGUAACAGUAGUGUAGGAGUAGAAGUAGCAGUGGUAAUAGUUGGUGUUUGCAGUAAGCGCGAUUAUAAUAAUGAUAGUAUUAAUAAUAGCUCUAAUAAUAAUAAUAAUAAUAUUGCAAUAAUAGUAACAAUAGUAGUAACAGCAGCAGCAGUAAUAGUACUGUCAUAACAAUAGCUUCCUUUUCGUGUUCUUUUCGAUCUUAAUAGAAUUUGUAUGAUUUUCAUUAUUAUUUCUUUUUGUCACCCAAUAUACCAUUGCUAUUACAAUUUACCGUUAUCGCCGUUACAUUAUUGCCUCCAUUUACAAUACUAUUUAUACUAUUAUUGUCGCUACUAUCAUUAUCUUUUGUCGUACUAUUAUUAUUGUUGUACUACUAUUGCCGUUACUAUUAAUUAAUAUAUUUGUUAUAGUUAUUAUUAUUAUGGCUAUUAUCGUUAUCAUUUAUCACUAAUACUAUUGCUCCUGUUAGUACUAUCGCUAUUAUUAUUACUACGAUUAUGAUUACUAUUACUGUACUAUUAUUACUAUCACCCGCUACUACUGCUGCUGCUGCUGCUGCUGCAAUUACUACUAUUACUGUUAGUACAACUGCUAUUAUUAUUAUUAUUCUUAUUUUAUAUUAUUUUAAUUAUUAUUAUUAUUGCACGUGUACACUCGGUGGAUAAUGAAGGUGAGGAAUAAGCUAAAAAGAAAAAGAGUAAGUAAUUGGAAGAAGUACGUACAAUUGUAUGGGUAUGUUUCAUAGGAUAUUCUCGAUUUUAUUAAAAAUAUUAAAAUUUGUUUAACGACAUCUAUUAUAGCUAAAAUGCGAAGUGGAUUUUGUUUAUAUCACAACAUAUAGAUUCGAGCUGGUCUGUCGUAUUACAACAAUUAGUCGUCUCGUGACAAUGAUAAAAAUACUUUUAAUAAUUUUUACUGUUGUAUAGGGCCAUAUUUUUAUGUAUUAGGAUGCGAGAUGUUAUUUAUUUAGGGAGUGUCGUCUCAGUUGGAUUCAUCGUAUUCAUUGUUCCGCUUCCUUUAGCGGAAAAGUCUAGUGAUCUUCGAGAUGGUUACUAACGAUGGCAAUAUGAGUGAAUUGUUGAUAUUUUAUUGUAAAGACGAGAUUUUUCUACGUUUUUUUCCAGAUAUUUAACGUUUUUAAGUAUUAACGCAUUGAGAGAUAAUACGACAGACCCGUUUACCCAUCGCAGGGCGCCUGUAAUUAUUAUCUGUAGUUAGAAAUAUGACAAACAUUACUUAUACACCUACGUGCUAAAACGUGAAAAUAAAAUAGUAAACGGCAAUUUGCUACUAUUAAUUUACACAGUUAAUUGAUACAACCCAACAGAUAACUGUAUAGGUGAGGAAAUUAAUGAGAAAGAGAACGUUUAAUAAUAAAAGAAAUUGCAAAAGAGA